CUUCAGGGCAAAAGGACCUUAUAAAACCAAGCUCUGCUCACCAGCAAGGCACCUUCUCUUGUGUUGGGAGCACAGAGAGCCUUUCCAUCAUGAGCUUCACUGGAAAAUACCAACUGCAGUCCCAGGAAAAUUUUGAGCCUUUUAUGAAAGCCCUUGGGCUUCCUGAUGAACAGAUCCAGAAGGGAAAAGACCUCAAGAGCAUCACGGAAAUAGUGCAGGAUGGGAAACAUUUCAAGGUUACCGUGACCACUGGUUCCAAAGUAAUUCACAACGAGUUCACCAUCGGGCAGGAGUACGAUAUGGAGUUGAUGACAGGAGAGAAGGCCAAGGCUAUUGUUCACAUGGAAGGUGACAACAAACUGAUUGGAACCGCGAAAGGAGUGCAAUCUGUCACUGAACUUAACGGCGACACCAUCACCAAUACCAUGACCAUAGGAGACAUCACCUGCAAGAGAAUCAGCAAGAGAAUCUAGAGACCCUGAGCAUGCCCAUCAUUUUACUGAGUUAAAUGUGUUCAUUAAAGUAUUAAAGGCCUUUUCAUUAUUAUCA